AUGCACCAAUUAAGCUGGUUUUUUUGCACCUGGCAAGAGCCGGAGAAAUCCAUUCCGGGGCUCUUUGGGAUCGAUAAGCAGUUAAGGGAGCGGCGGGAAGAUGACAUUGCCUGUCUUUGUGCGCACACACCGCAGAGGGGCCGGGCUCUUAAAGGGCAGCGCUCGGGCUCGGAGCCAUGGGCUUUAGAAUGUGGUGGUUCCUGCUGGAAUUUUGGACACUUGGUGAGUGACCAUGUGAAAAAAAUAGCUCACAAUCACUUUGGAAGGACAGAAGGAUGUGAGGCUCACCAGAGCUGUUAUUUCCAGUGGCUGAUCUGCUUGGCCUUGUUUAAUCCAUCGUCCUUGAGCCAAUCUGCUGAAGUGGCACUGAGUGCACCCCGAUGCAAAGCACAGCCUCACAAAGCUGGGGCUGGACGAGGCAUCUGGUGCACCAAGGCACCACCACCUUCUGCCUCAAGGUUUUCCAGCAGAAAAAACAAAUCCCUGAGCUUGAAAGCAUUGCAUGCACACGUGAGCUGGGGGAGGGAUGGUAGCUUUCUCCCUGCCCUUGGCCGCACCAUCAAAGUGCUGUGGGCACUGAAAAGCCUGGGCAGGGGUCUUGCUGAGCUCUGCAGCUGUGCAGGAAUUGCUCUCCAAAUUCGAGAUGUUCUCUGUAUUUAUUUUUCCGUCUGGGUCCGUUUGCUGACAGCCAACAACCCGUGGCUUUGGGCAGCCAGUGCCUGCGCUACAUAUUUUUGUUCAUCCGUCCCUCCCUGCCAAGAGCUGGAGUCAGACAACUGGCUCCGGCUGGUGCCAGCUCUGGUUGCUCACACAGGGAUUAGCACGUAAACUGCUUUGGUCCCCCUGUGGAGGCCGAGUGUGGCCUUCUCUCUUACCCUCCCGCUGCAGUUGCCUCUGUGAAAGAUGUCUCUGACUUUGCUCUUGACUUUCUGCAAGAGGUUGUUGUAAGAAAAGGAUUUUUCCUGGUUUUUUCGGGUGUCUCUGCACCCUGGGUGAAGGUGGGAGAGCAUGAGUGCCUCGUGGUCCACCAUGUCUCAGGCUGCUCCUGUGCUUGACCCUUGGGCUGGACACCAAGAGGGAUUAAGGGGAGGUGUUGGACCUGGGGAUCUCCAGGAAACCGAGAAGUAAUCUCCUAGUGCUGGGAGAC